CAGAGUGGAAACGAAACCCUACUCUCUGCAUCUUCCCGCCCGCGAUUUUCCUCCGUCUCAAACUUCUUCCAAUCAUGGACACCUCUUCUCUCGAUCAAGAAACCGCGAAGAAAGUGCUUCGUCAGGUCGAGUUCUAUUUCAGCGACAGUAAUCUUCCGAGAGACGGUUUUCUUAAAACUACUGUCAAUGAAAGCCCUGAUGGAAUGGUUAAUUUGUCUUUAAUAUGUUCGUUUACUCGGAUGAGAAACCAUCUUAAAUUGGGGGAUGUGGGCCCAGACGAUAUUUCAGAAGAUACUGUAAAGGCCGUCGCUGAAACUCUGAGAAGCUCUCCAACUAUCAAAGUUUCUGAAGAUGGGAAGAAGAUUGGUAGAACUACUGAACUCUCAAAACCCGAGGAGUUAAUAGAACAAUUGGAUGUUAGAACCAUAGCUGCAUCGCCAUUUGAAUACAACGUCAAGCUUGAAGAUGUGGAAGCUUUCUUUGGUCAAGUUGCAAAGGUUAACAGUGUGAGGCUGCCCCGUCAUGUUGCAGAUAAACGGGUUUUCUGUGGAACUGCAUUGGUUGAGUUUUCUAGCGAAGAAGAUGCAGAAAAAGCUUUGAAGGAAAGUUUGCUUUAUGCCGGUGCCAAGUUAGAAUUGAAACCAAAGAAGGAUUUUGACGAGGAGAGAGCAAAAGAGGCUGAGAAGUUUGAAAGUUCACGCUCAACCUCAAAUUCAAAUCAUAAGAAUAAUACUUCCUCGGAACCAUAUUACCCGAAAGGAUUGAUUGUUGCCUUUACAUUGAAAAGUGUGUCAUCUGGAACUUCUGAUGAAGAAAAUGGAUCUCAUAAUGUAGCCACUGAUAUUACUGAAUGCAAGGUAGAUGAGGGAUUAGACUCUUCUAAGAAUGACUCUGAGAAAACUGAGCAAACAGCUGAAGCAAAUGUGAGUAAGGAUGGCGAAAUCUCUAAGAGUUCUGAGAAAAAUGAAGAAGUUGAUAAGAAUAACGAUUCAGGCAAUGAAGAAAAACCUGAAUUGGGAGAGCAGUCUAAUGAACAUGAAGAGGCUGGGGAAAAACCUACAGCUGGUGCAUCCAUAAACAACAAGAAUGUUGUUUCUCGUGAGGAUUUGAAGGUUAUCUUUCAGAAGUUUGGAUCCGUCAAGUACAUUGAUUUUAAGAUUGGAGAAGAGUCGGGUUAUAUCAGGUUUGAUGAUCCUGAAGCUGCCCAGAAAGCUCGUGCGGCUGCCGUACUUGCUGAACAAGGGGGACUGGUAGUGAAAAAUUGUAUAGCCGCUUUAGAACCAGUGUCAGGUGAGGCUGAGAAGGAGUAUUGGAGGCUACUCCGCAGCAGCCAAGAAAAGCGUUACCGUGAUUUCAAGGGCGGCAACCGUGGAAGGGGUGGUAAAUUCCAUAGAGGUGGAAAGCAUGCGCGGUCAAGAGGGCAUGACAACGAUCGAGGUCGCCCUAAUAAGGCUCAAAGGGUGUGAGCUGCCUGAAGGCAUGACAAUGAUCGAGAUCACCUGAAUAAACUCGGAGAAUUCUGUGUCCUAUGCAGUUGUGCUGCAAUUUUGCUGGAUGCGUUAAAAGAGAUUUUUGGAGAGGAAGCACCCUGCCGUUUGGUUCUACUGGUCUUUUACUUAUCAGCCUCAAGUUUAGUUUAGUUUAGUUUAUCUAUUUUUACGUUUUAGAAUAUUUUUUCCUAUAUUAUUUGAACCUAAAAAGUUAACCAAGCCUCUUCAAUCCUUCUUGUUCUUUCCCCACUUCACAAGUUUCUCAAAAUAAUGGAAAUCUUUGCGUGUGAAAAACGAAAUAGAGUCAAUAGGGACUGCCGAAUUGGAGUGGUAGUGUGUAGUGUGAUAGCAGUGAAAGAACAUAAUUGAGUUGGGAUGGUUAAUUAUUUAUAAAUGUAUUUUAAAUUCUACAGAUUUAUUUAUAAAAA